GCUUCGAAAUUCAAAAAGCAAAUUCAAAACGCGCCCGGCGAUUGGAGGCAAGCCCCCCUCCAAAUCUUCUCACUUUUCCAAGCAAUUUCGACAUCAGCAUCAACAUCAACAACAGCAGGCAAGAUGGAGACACCUGUAGUCGGCAGCAACAACAAUUCCGUGGUUAAACACCUCCGAUUGAUUGUCAUUGUCAUCGGUUUAUUGAUGGCCGAGUUUUGUCUUCAAUCGAUCUACUAUCAACAACGUCAUGAAAAGAGUUCAUCGGCUUUGGGUUGGUACAUGGACACAGCUGCAGUUGAGGUCCCCAAAUCCGACAAAUUCAUCUCCGCCUUGGACCUGAAGCAAUGUGUUUUUCCCGUCUACUUUGAAAAGUCCCAGUUUAAUUUCAAGCUGAAGAAUAAUGCAUUUGUCGAGCCAGGCAAAUGGAGAGAACGCAACAAGAAAUUCUACGGUCUUCAAGAUGCCAAGCAUGUGCACAAGUUUCUCGUCAAGACAGAAAAUAACAGAAAACAAGCAUUGGAGAAGAACCCCAAACUGCCUCCACUUAAACGCAAUAUCACCUUUGUGCAUAUUGGCAAGGCCGGAGGAUCUACCAUUGCUUGCAGCUUACGAUGGGGACGCCAGUAUAUCCAGAAUCAUUGCGACAAUAUCGAUUAUGACGCUAUUGACAACUAUGAUCCCAAGACAGCAAAAAGACCUUACAUCCCUGAGUCUGCGAUUUCCAGACAUGUUAACUGCUAUACACACUGGAGAAUGCACCUCUCUUGUAUGUACAUGCAUGGAGACCACCCCUUUAGUGGAAUGGACCCCACAAAAUCAGACCGAAAUCCCUUUGGAAGUCGGCGGCUUCUUGAAGGAUCAAAACAACCAGUGUUGCCCAAAAGACACAAUGACUUCUUGGUCAACUUGCGAUCGCCUCUGGAUCGAAUUGCAUCAUGGUUCACAUAUGAGCAUAUCGAAAACCACGGUAUUGUCUACAAAGAUCGCCAAUAUCAUUGUGGUCAGGUAGUUCUUGGCUCUUGUUAUCGACACUUCGAGCACUUGACAACCAUUGGCUUGGGCUUUCCAAGGCCGUCACCGAAUCAACCACUCAAGGUUGGCACCAAUCUCAGUGCAACUGAAUGUUCUCAUUGGGCAUGGGCUGCUGUUCAAGGUAACAUGCCUGCUGACUACCAUAAUGCCUUCAAUUACGAGUGGUACGCUCACAGGCUGCUGGACGACAGCCUCAACUCCCAAGCCGACAUGUUCGUCUUGCGGGUAGAACAUUUGGAACAAGAUUGGACCACAGUUGAUCGAAUGCUGGGAGGAACAGGCGCCUUUCCUUCCACACUCGCUUCCAGGCAAAACUCGGCUGAAAUAAAACCUCUGCGCGUUCCCAAUCACAAUACAACCGACUUGGGCAUUUUAAACUUGUGCCGGGCUCUCUGUGAAGAGAUCCAAGUUUACAAAAGGUUCCUUCUGGCAGCAGUCAAUCUAAGCCCAGGGGACGUGCAGGCCUCCGGGGACGAGUUACGACAACGUUGCCCCGAAGAAAGAGACGUUCAACCCAGAGUUUGCCCCAAGGACUAGCAAGAAGUACAGCGGCAUUCAAAUACACAUUAUAGGCUAACCAAUACAAAUGGUUUAUUGGCUUUUCGUUCCAGUACUUUGGAUGUGGUUAUUGGUGUCCCUCUCUCGAUCCCUAAUGAUUGA